UUACCCUUCUCCUCCUCUGGCUCCUAAUCCUCUUCUACCUCCUCGUCAACACCGCUUCAGUUAUGAGACUCCGACUACUUCUCCUCAUCCCUCGAGCACCAAUCCUGCCAACUCAAACUCUCCCCAACAAUCGCCGGCACCACCCACUUCAUCCCUCUCUCUAAUUGAUAAUCGAACCCACAAAAAGCUCGACAUCGCCGCCAAACCAUCAUGACCGGGAGAUCCAAUCUUUGAGUCAACGAACCCAGAUAGAGCUACCGCCCUAUUUCAAAUCAGAUCGGGUGCAGAGGAAGAAAUAAUCGGUAAAUGAGAAAUGGUCGCCGGAGAGAGAGUUGGGAUUUUCUGGUUUCUAAAGGGGCUCGAGGCCACGACGGUUAGGGUUUUUUGGGUUUCUGAAAGGGUUUGAGACCACGGCGGUUGAGGUUUUCUGGGUUUCUGUCUGAAAGGGUUCAAAGUGGCGGAAUAACCUGCCUGGCCGGGAAAGGCAGAGCUCGCCUCUGCUUUUCUGAUGAAAGAGAAAGUAUCUCGUGUACCAGCAAUAGCAGGGAGAUUGAGAUGUUUUUCUCGCCGGGAGAGAGGCUUGAACUGGCGGAAGGUGGGAGAGAGGCUUGAAGUAGCGGAGAUCAGCGAAGGCGAGUCGCCGAGGGACGAUGUGGUAAGGGAAGAUGGGUGGGUUGCUGAAGGCGGUGUCGCCAGGAGCGGCAACGAGGUAGUCGGCGGGGAGGAAGGAGUCAUGGAGGAGAUUGAUUAAGAAGAGGCGACUAGGAAUACUGAGCAAAAUUGUCUUUAUGUUUCUUAAGUUUUUAUUUAUUUUUACUUUUAUUAUAAUUUUUAGCAUAAAUAAAUUGUGUGUAAGCAUGUCACUGCCACCUUAGCAUUGAAUGUUGAGUCACUGAUGGAUUAAAAGUUUGACUGGCAA